AUUUCCUGAACAACCCAGAGAACUGGGAAGUUAUUUCCAGGAAGAGAGGAAAAAAAAAACGUCCUUGUGAUCUAGAGCAUUAAUAACAGAGUUUAUAGCCUCCUCUAGUUUUAUGCGUCUUGGUGCGAUCAGGCGCGCAACAGAAGGUGUGCGCACAUGGGCGAACAUUUGUCAUUUUAACUCAGUGACCGGAAAAACUAAAAAAAAAAUAAACUGUGAAAAAGUUAAGCUAUACAAGAAAGAAGGAAGAUCGAUAUGUCUACUUCUUCUCCUCCCGGGCGGGAGAACACGAAGAACUCCAGGAAGUUUUCAGGAGUGGCACGUGGAAAGAGACCACCGGAUUUGGAGCUCUCGGAAACCGCAUUCAACGGGCAUGAAUCAGGAACAGCUGCGGGCAGCAGCGACACAAUGCAGGGAGAAGGCAGCUCCCGUGUUGAAGCUCCCCCUGUUCACCUGGACCCCUACCUGUCUCAUCCCCGGAUGUCUGUGCGGAUGUCGGUGUACAGCACCGGGGUUCGCCCAGCUGUUACCCGCGCCUACAUCCAGGGACGGGUGUACAACUUUCUGGAAAGGCCGUCUGGCUGGAAGUGCUUCAUGUAUCACUUCACAGUGUUCCUCAUAGUACUGGCCUGUCUGAUCCUUAGUGUCCUCUCUACCAUCGACCAAUUCCAAGCUCUGGCUCACACAACUCUCUUCUGGAUGGAGAUCGUCCUUGUGGUGUUCUUCGGUGUGGAGUAUUUCGUCCGCGUUUGGUCCGCAGGCUGCCGCAGUAAAUAUGUUGGCAUCUGGGGCCGACUACGCUUUGCCAGGAAGCCAAUAUCUAUUAUAGAUCUGAUAGUGGUUGUCGCUUCAAUAGUUGUGUUGUCAGUGGGUUCGAAAGGCCAGGUUUUCGCCACCUCUGCUGUAAGAGGGAUUCGCUUCCUGCAGAUCCUGCGAAUGCUGCAUGUUGACAGGCAGGGAGGAACCUGGCGUCUCCUGGGCUCAGUUGUCUUCAUCCAUCGGCAGGAGCUGAUCACCACUCUGUACAUUGGGUUUCUGAGCCUGAUCUUCUCCUCCUACUUUGUCUACCUGGCAGAAAAGGAUGCAGCUGAUAGCACAGGUUCCACUGGGUUUGGAAACUAUGCAGAUGCUUUGUGGUGGGGAGUGGUGACUGUGACUACAAUUGGCUACGGAGACAAAGUGCCUCAAACCUGGAUUGGGAAGACCAUUGCUUCCUGCUUCUCUGUGUUUGCCAUAUCGUUUUUUGCUCUGCCUGCAGGAAUUUUAGGUUCUGGCUUUGCCCUGAAGGUGCAGCAAAAGCAAAGACAGAAACACUUCAACAGGCAGAUUCCUGCAGCUGCCUGUCUCAUACAGACAUCGUGGAGAUGUUUUGCAGUGGAUAACUUUGAUUCUGCUACAUUCAAGCUGUUUUUGAGAAAGAAAUCCAACAUCCCUGCCUCCUCUCUUUACAGCCCGAAGCAAAAAAAAUCGGUGAAGAUGAGGAGGAAGCUGAAGAGUACUGACAAGGACAAUGGUCCAGCUUCUCCCACUGUCCCCAGCAUCACCUGUGACUCUGUGUUUGACAGCGGAAGGGAGCUAAGUUCAGAUGUUUACAGCACUGUUGGCACAGGAAGCCAGCCACUUGGAGGAUGUGACCGCCAGCAGUCAUGGACAUCUUUGUCAUCUCUGCAGUUCAGCUCAUCACCCCCAGUAAAAAGAGGCCCCAGCCUAAUGGAUACCCAGUCCCCCAUUGCACUGCCAAGAAACUGCAGCUUUGCUGACGACCUAGAGCUGGAAUUUGAGCGAGAAAGUGAUUUGGCUCCAGCCAGCACAGUAUCACAAUUGACGGAGUCGCACCGAAAAGCCAUUCGUGUCAUACAGAAAAUGCGUUAUUUUGUGGCCAAGAGAAAUUUUCAGCAAGCUCGUAAGCCAUAUGAUGUCCGAGAUGUGAUUGAACAGUACUCUCAGGGUCACCUGAACCUCAUGGUGCGGAUCAAGGAGCUUCAGAGAAGACUAGAUCAGUCUUUGGGGAAAAUGACUUUGUUCCAGACGGGUUCAGACCGCGCCAGAGAUAAAGGAAACAACUCAAUUGGAUCAAGGCUCAACAGGAUGGAGGACAAGAUAACACACAUGGAUCAAACGCUGAACCACAUCGCAGAGUCCCUCACCUUCCUGCUGGACCAGAGGGAUGUCGGUGGGGGUGAAGUCAGAGGCCGGCUGAGACCUCGGCUCAGACGAACCUGUAAUGUCCUCCACAGCCAGGACAGCCUGCCGACUAAUGACCAGCUGUCUUCUUCCCCUUCAUCCUUCUCCUCCAACAACACCAACACCGUGCUGUGCCCCAACCCUCCAUGCAGCUCCACUGCCAGUCAGGAUGAGAGCUGCUGAAACUUGAAACCAGACAUCCUGAAUGCGCUUCACAAUGUUUGCUCAUCUGUUUAUGAUGGGUAAAGACGCACUGGACAUAUUCUCCUGCCUGUGAUGAGAAUAUGUAGCUACAGCUGUUUGCUGAAAUACUGACAUGAUGACAGGACAUGUGRCAUGUGUAAGGAUGCAAAUGUAUGAAGGGAGUGUAAGAAACCAAUGCCUUUCAAAUCAUGUCUGUUGGGYAACUUCCAUAUAAGGUCUAACUUUGAUCUAUUUUAAAGUAUUAAGAUUUAACAUCUGUGUUCUAGCUGUUUUUGUUUCUAAAAUUCUAGUGAAAAAAAAUGAAAGUUUGAAUAUUUAAUACUGAAUAUUACCUGUAUCAUUUUUAUUUUAUUCUUAGAGUUUUCAAAUACCAUAAAAGCAAAUGACAAAAAAGUUUAAUAUGUUUGUAUAAUCAUUAUUUACUAUUUGUUUCUGCAGCAUAAAAAAAAAGACUAAACAGUUUUGCUGUCAGCAAAGACUUGUUCAGUUAUGUUUAGGAAUCUUCAUUUUGUGAGAAAUUUGAGGGCAUCCUGCAUGCAUUGCACACUUAAGGUGGACUUAGGUUGUCACUUAGGUCAGGGGAGAGUGAGGAUCAAGAUACAGCCAUGCAUUUGCUCCUUGGUGGGACUCUGAUAAUGACUUUGACAAAAGCAAAAAAUACUAUCAAUCCACCUUAGUACKUAACAGGUACAGCCAGAGGUGAACUGUUUAAAUGUUGAUACUUCUAYAAGCAAACUUACCUCUUGUCUUAUUUUAUGCUAAAUGUGAUGCUGUGGUUGGUUAUAUUACUACAAUAAAAAACUGUCACAGUAAUGAAAAAACUAUCCAGAAGGUUAAUAGAUCUCCAUGUAGAUAUUUUAUGUUAAACAGAAGCUUCAUAGCAGCCUGAGCAGUUGUCUCAUAAGGGCUUUUGGUUCACUCCCCUUACUUUUCCUUKCUAUAUAGUAAUCGUAUACAUAUAAAGAAAAAGUCCUUGAACACCCUUUGCCAUUUAAUUUUAUUUUUUCCUUUGUUAACAAUUCUCAGUGGCACCUUAAAAAAAAGUCUGUAGCUGUUGAUUACUGAGGGAAGGUUUUGUAGCAUUAUCUACUCUCUCCUAAAGUUUGGCCAUGACAAGAGUUUGUUUGGAGC